AUGAAGUUCACUCUGGGCCUGGGGUCGCGGGCGUGGAGAGUGUCCUGGGAGCGGGCGGCGGCGGCGGUGGCUGGCUGGAGGGCGAACCGCGGCGCGCUCCGCAGCGGCGCCCGGCGCAUCUCCAGCCCGCGCCCAGGCCGCCGCGGCUCUCGGCUCGCGCGCACCCUCCCUCUAUGCCUCUCAGGCGACGGCGGCGCCCGAGCUCUCCCGGACUGCUUUGGGCCCAGCCCCCGCCGUUCCGGCGCCAGGCAGCCUGCUGGCCCGCGCGCUAUGGAGCAGACAUACGGCGAGGUGAACCAGCUGGGCGGUGUGUUUGUCAACGGCCGCCCCCUGCCCAACGCCAUCCGCUUGCGCAUAGUGGAACUGGCGCAGCUGGGCAUUCGACCCUGUGACAUCAGCCGGCAGCUGCGCGUAUCCCACGGCUGCGUGAGCAAGAUCCUGGCGCGCUACAAUGAAACCGGAUCCAUCCUGCCAGGAGCCAUCGGGGGCAGCAAACCCCGCGUCACUACCCCCAAUGUGGUCAAGCACAUCCGGGACUACAAGCAGGGCGACCCUGGCAUCUUUGCCUGGGAGAUCCGCGACAGGCUGCUGGCCGACGGCGUCUGCGACAAAUACAACGUGCCCUCGGUGAGUUCCAUAAGCCGUAUCCUGCGAAACAAGAUCGGCAACCUGGCGCAGCCCGGGCCUUACGAGGCGAGCAAGCAGCCGCCACCGCAGCCCGCGCUGCCAUACAACCACAUCUACCAGUACCCCUACCCCAGCCCCGUGUCACCCACUGGUGCCAAAAUGGGCAGCCACCCCGGAGUCCCGGGCACGGCAGGCCACGUCAGCAUCCCCCGCUCAUGGCCCUCGGCGCACUCGGUCAGCAACAUCCUGGGCAUCCGGACGUUUAUGGAGCAAACAGGGGCCCUGGCUGGGAGUGAAGGCACCACCUACUCCCCCAAGAUGGAAGACUGGGCCAGUGUGAAUCGUACUGCCUUCCCAACUGCCCAAGCAGUGAAUGGGCUUGAGAAACCUGUCCUAGAGGCGGAUAUUAAAUAUCCUCAGUCCGCCUCGAGUCUUUCAGCAGUGGGCACCUUCCUUCCAGCCUGUGCCUACCCGGCAUCCAACCAGCAUGGUGUGUACAGCGCAUCGGGUGGCGGCUACCUUGCCCCAGGACCACCUUGGCCCCCAGCACAGGGUCCUCCGCUGGCACCCCCUGGGGCCAGUGUGGCUGUGCACGGCGGGGAACUCUCUGCCUCUGCGGCAGUGACAUUCAAGCAUCCCAGCAGAGAAGCUGCCGACCGGAAACCACCUAGCCCCGGCGCCAAGGCCCCGGACGCCCUCGGGAGUUUACACGGACUGCCUAUCCCGGCCUCCACUUCUUAG